AUGUCUGUUCAACAAGUCCAGUCCCGCGGCAUCUACCGUGGCCUGCCCGUCUACCCAGACGACGUUAAGGGCUUGACAGCCAUCAUAACCGGCGCGAAUGGCAUCUCGGGCUACUACAUGCUGAAGGUCCUCUCACAGGAUCCCGAGCGAUGGUCGAAAAUCUACUGUCUAUCACGCCGCCCACCCUUGCUCCCGGAUGGUCUGCCCACUAAUGCCGAGCAUAUCGCCCUCGACUUCCUAAAGGAGCCCGAGGACAUCGCGUCCGUGUUGCGGUCCAAGAAGUUGUCGGCUGACAGGGACAAAACCUAUGUCUUCUUCUUCAGUUACAUCCAGGCCGAGCCGAAACCCGGAGGUGGCAUCUGGUCCGAUGCGCAGGAAAUGUGCCGCAUCAAUUCGCUCCUUCUCGACAACUUCCUAGCCGCAUUGACCCUCGCAUCUAUCCGGCCCAAGCGCUUCAUGUUGCAGACUGGCGCGAAGAACUACGGCGGACACCUGGGACCGACGAAGCUUCCGCAAGAAGAGACCGAUCCGCGGGUGGAGCUCGAGCCGAAUUUCUACUACCCUCAGGAGGAUCUGCUGUUCAAGUAUGCCCGCGAACAGGACGUGGGUUGGAAUAUAUGCAUGCCGGGGCCGAUCUUGGGCGCCGUGCCCGACGCCGCCAUGAAUGCAGCGUUUCCACUGGCUGUUUAUGCGGUGGUUUCGAAACACUUGGGCAGGCCGCUGGAGUUUCCUGCGGAUAUCGCGAGUUGGCAGAUGCAUCAGAGUAUGAGUAGUAGCAUGAUGAAUGCUUACAUGGAAGAAUGGGCCGUCCUCACUCCCUCGGCGCGCGACCAGAAAUUCAAUACCUGUGACAAUUCCGCAUUUACCUGGGAAGCCUGCUGGCCGCGGAUCGCAGGCUGGUACGACAUGGCCUACACGGGACCCGACACCAACCCGGACAUCAAAUGGAUCGAGAAACAGACACGCUUCAACCCGCGCGGGUACGGCGACAAGGGCAUUUCGCGGCGCAAAUUCACCUUCGUCGAGUGGGCGCAGAGACCUGAAGUCGCCAAAGCGUGGCAGGAGAUCGCCGAACAGAACGGGCUCACACAGAAGGAACUCAAGAAUGUCGAGCGCGUGUUUGGAUUCCUCGAUGGCACCGUGUGUAGGCCGGCGCCGUUGAUUUUCAGUACCGAUAAAGCCCGCAAACUCGGAUGGCAUGGGUUCGUCGACUCGUGCGAGUCGCUGCUCGAAGUGUUCAAUGAUCUGGCCAAGAUCAAGAUGAUUCCGCCCGUGCCGAUGGUGGAUGUCAAGUUCAAUUGAGGUACGGAGUCUGUUUAGGUUAGGCAUCUCCCUGUAUAGGUCCGGGAAGGGCCCAUCGUUGGGCCAGACGUAUGAUGAGAAUACUAGUACUAGUACAUCGAC